AUGGUGGAACAUACGACGCCUAAUACUUCGAUACUUCCCCCGAGUACUCCAUUACCAGGGUCACUGACCUACUGGGGAUUCCAGUCAUUGCGCUCAAUCGGCCGGGCUAUGACUAUCUUGCCUGCGCUCUGGAAGGAAUAUGGAGAGCUUUCGGGUGCAUCGGCUGUUGUCCUUCUCGCACACUCUAUUGGUGCUAUGAUGGCCACAAUCACUGCUGGAUCCUAUACAGGAACUGAAGGAUAUUCAUAUUCACUUGCUGGCCUGAUCACCUCUGGAAUCGGUGCUGAGAUGAACCUCUCCCACACUCAAAGCUUUACGAACCUCAUCGAGCCAGGCGCGAGCCAUGGGAACUUUGACCCUGUGAAGGAUCAAAUGAUGCUGAAGAUCCCAAAUAUGUCUCUUGCAGACCCUGAAGUGACAAAACACUCGGCGCGUCUUAACAAACCCGCUCCUGUGGGUGGAAUUAUGGAAAUCAGUACAACCUGGCUGCGGGAUUGGCAUCGACAUUCUCAUCAAGUCAAGGUUCCCCUCAAGUAUGGAGUCAGCGAGUUUGACGAGCUCUGGAGUUCAACACCUGAUGCACCUGAGAAAUGGCGCGAUGCCUUUCUACUUAGCCCCAGGGUUGAAUGUGGAAUUGUGCCCAAUGCGCUGGCUGACGGGAUGUUGUGA